AACACAAUAAUAAUACCCAUUUUCCCAGCUAUAGUGAAAAAAGAAAGACUUGCUACUAUUACUACUCACUACUCUACUUUCUUCUUCUUCUUCUUCUUCUUCUUCUUCAUUUUCAACUCAUGGCUUUAGCAAACUCCGCCUUCAUCGCCCCCUCCUUCUCCGCCCUCCGCCGAUCCAGAAUCGCCCACUCCGACAUUCCUCCUCUCUACCUCACUGCUCAUUCCGACCUCCUCACUCACUCCGAAAUCCUCCCCUCAUACUCCCGAAUUCGGAGUGUUGUUGUCCAUUCCACUCCCAAUGGUCCGAAUGCUGUUGGUUCAACCUUUUUGAAAUCUGAACAAGGUGCUGAUUACGAUCCAACGCCAAUUGUGAUGAUAGAUCAAGAUUCAGAUUCUGAUGCAACCAUUGUACAGCUUAGCUUUGGGGAUCGCCUUGGAGCUCUCAUCGACACGAUGAGAGCAUUGAAGGAUUUGGGACUGGAUGUGUCUAAGGGGACUGUUGCAACUGAAGGUUCAGUCAAGCAAACAAAAAUUUAUAUAAAACGAUUAGACAAUGGGCGCAAAGUUGAGGAUCCUGAUAUGUUAGAGAUGAUUCGACUUACUGUCAUCAAUAAUCUGUUGAAGUAUCAUCCUGAAUCUAGUCGGCAACUUGCAAUGGGUGAGGCUUUUGGAAUUGAAGCUCCUGAAAAGAAGCUUGAUGUUGAUGUUGCAACUCGUAUACAUGUGAAGGAAGAUGGACCCAAGAAAAGCUUGCUCUACAUAGAGACUGCAGACAGACCAGGAUUGCUUGUUGAAAUCAUCAAAAUCAUUGCUGAUGUCAACAUUGACGUGGAAUCUGCAGAGAUUGAUACUGAAGGGUUGGUGGCCAAAGAUAAAUUUCAUGUCAGCUAUAGAGGGGCGGCACUCCCAAGUUCAUUGUCUCAGGUACUCUGGUUUCCUUAUUGGCACGACAAGGUGUCUCAAUUUCCCUUCAAUUUUCUAAUGAAGUUUUUGAAUGUGUAGGUACUAGUGAACUGUUUGCGUUACUACCUUCGGAGGCCAGAAACCGAUAUAGAUAGUUACUAAUACCAGAAAGUAAAAAUAAAAACACCCUUUGGCUGAAAACCAAAAUAUUAGGUGGUGUUGUUGUUGUUGUUGCUGCUGUUGUGAUUGUUAUUGUUGUUGUUGUAUUAAUUCACUCGAGCUGAGAAUGUGGUGUUGAGGUUGUGUGUUUUCGGGAUUCUGAGUUUAUAUGCCUUAUGUAUGGGAAGGGGGUUGGGGUGGGGUGGUGCCAUGAUUUAUCCUGAAAACCAAUGUGCAAGUGCAACUACCAAUAAGUAGUACAAUAGGAAUGGAUUUAGAAAUGUGUUUUUCCACGACUGUUUAA